AUCACAACUCACAAGGUUAUAUAGUAAGGAAAAUCAAUUCCCCAACAUUUAUCAAAACAAUAACAUAGUAUUUCCCAAAUUAAUUAGUAGUAAUUAAAUUGACAAAGAAAGAAAGCAAGAAAGAAUUAAGGAGGAGAUGGGUAGUAGUAGCGCUACUAAGAAGGAGAUGGAAGUGGUGAAAGGGGUGGAUCUGGAGCGAUACAUGGGAAGGUGGUAUGAAAUAGCAUCUUUUCCGUCAAGGUUUCAGCCUAAAGACGGCGUCAACACCAGAGCCACUUACAAGCUCAACCCUGACGGAGCCACCGUCCACGUCCUCAACGAAACCUGGAGUGGUGGCAAGAGGAGUUUUAUCGAGGGUUCCGCCUACAAAGCCGACCCUAACUCCGAUGAGGCUAAGCUCAAGGUUAAAUUCUAUGUGCCCCCUUUCCUUCCCAUCAUCCCUGUUGUUGGCGACUAUUGGAUUCUUUUCCUCGAUGAUGAUUAUCAGUAUGCCUUGAUUGGCCAGCCUUCUCGCCGAUAUCUCUGGAUUCUUUGCCGGACACCUCAUAUGGAUGAGGAGAUAUACAACCAGCUGGUGCAGAAGGCCACUGACGAAGGGUAUGAUGUCAGCAAACUCCACAAGACUCCUCAAGCUGACCCUCCGCCGGAAGUUGAUGAUGCUCCCGAGGACACCAAAGGCGUUUGGUGGUUUAAAUCCAUCUUCGGCAAAUAAAUUAAAUACAACAAAUGAAUGCUGUCCUGUAUUUAGCCUAGCUUUGUAUGUCUCCAGUCCUGCAUCUGUUUUCCCUUACAACUACUGGAUUGAUUUCUGUUUGCUUAGUGUCUUAUAGUGCUGCUUGUAAAUGGAGUGCUCUAUUUGUACUGUAUAUUUAUCAUUUGUCUCAAUUAUCUUCUCAUGUCUAUUUGUAAA